UAUCCAAGACCUCUGUGACGGUGCAGCAGGUAAACAUUUAUCAUCAUUAUCCUUGUCCAGCUGGUCUAGUCUGGUGGGAGUCAUCAGUGAUUACUGAAAUAUGCCUGAUCGGCGACGUCAGCGUCAACAGCGGGUUCGUCAUGAUGCUGGUGGUAGCCAGAACUCUGUGCGUGCCAGUAACAGGGAGCCAGAGAGUGAGAGCACCCAACCUGUUAAGCCUCAAAGACCAGCAGGAAGUGGUGUUGCAUAUGCUGAACCAAAAGAGUACGAGUCUGUAACCAUCAUGCCAGAUAAAGAAGUGGUUGAGCCUGAAACAUAUCAUCGAAGGGAGGUUUUAAGUAAUUGGUCGCGAUACGAGGAAAUACCAUCCGAUGAACCUGAAUUGGGGGAAGACUACCUUUUGGGUGAAGACUUUUCACAAAUUUUGGAACAACAAGCCAAUUCUGGAGGAGGGCACUUCCGAUUGAAAGGAGAGUCUCAAUGGAAUGAAACAGAGACCGGCAUCCUCGCCUCACAUGGACUAGGAGCCCUGCACGUGGCAGACCUUGUGGCCUCUAUCAACACUGUUCCUCUUUAUACACAGCUCAAUAUACCAGAGGAAGUGCUGCCAAUGUCUGUAGUCGAGUUUUACUUUCAAUUAGCUGAAGAUAAUAGGAAACUCUACCAACCUAGCAAUAACUACAAUGAAUGUUCUGAUGUGAAUGAUAAGAUCAUCGAGAGUUUGAAGAUAAGUGACAAUGAACCUCUAAACUUGACUACUGAGGAACCUGAGACUAAUCAGAACAUUAAGAAUGCAGUCGAUGUUGCAUUGUCACUGACUAGUGCCUUUGCCCCAGAACCUGAGGAUGUUGAUCUGGACACACUUUUACACGAUCCAAGUGUAGAAAACCAGCCCAGUCCCAUCCGGCAACUUAGUCCAGAAAAGCAGCCCAGCCCAGCACGGCAGCCUAGCCCUGUUAAGGCACCCACACCACUUAGGCAGCCAAGCCCUGUUAAGGAGCCCAGUCCAGUCAAGGAAAUGCCAAGUAAAUCCAAGAAACCCUUAGAUGUCAAGGAAGUUAAGCAACCCACUCCAGUGCCUAAAGAGAAGUCAAAUAAUAAAAGAGAAAAAUCAAAAGAAAAAAGUCCAGCAAGCUUUGACUUUGGUCUUUCAAAGAAAGAGAGCAGUGAUAGUAAACCUCCAGCAGAAUUCAACUUUGGUCUUCCUAAAGUAGAUGUUGCAGCAAAACCAAAAUCCAACAAAGUAACCAAGAAUGUAAAAGACAAUGUAGAUGUUUUAAAUUCUAUGCAGGCAACAGAAAAAACUGAAGACAUACCUGAAGGUCCGAUCAUAGACUUAGAUGCACCGGUGGAGGAGAGUAAACCUGUUUUGUUAAUAAGUAAGACUGAAGCAGACGACCUGGAAGAUUGGCUUGACUCUAUGUUGGAUGAUUAAAAGUGAAAAGAAACCCAGAAGUUAACAUUGUUAAGUAACAGUAUUACAACUGAAAAUUACAUACAUAUAGCUAUUGUUCCCAGCUUAACUAUCAUGAUGCAUUUUUUUUUCUAUAAGAAAUUAAAAAACUUUUAAAAUAUUUGUGUUGCUAGCUUUGGGUUCUGUUAAAAAAUAUAUUUCAGAAAUGAUAUAGCACUUUCUUUUCUAAUCAUUUAUUAUUGUAUUGUAAUCUUGAAAAGGUGUUCAUUUUCCUGUGUCUUUCUCAGCCAAGCCACAUGUCACGUGUUUUCCCUGGUCUCGGCAUCAUCUGAUUGACUUUUGGGGAUUCCAUAAACAUUAUUAUUUGUGUUCUUAGAAUGGUCCUGAAGAUCCAUCAUUCCUCUGUCAUUAUAACAUUAAGCUGCUUCAAACUCCCCUGGAAGUUACCUAACUUUUAUAUAACCUCAUCUAUCCCUUCAGCAUGAAAUGUCAGAAUAUAUCAAGAUUAUCUGAAUUAGAAAAAAAAAAAAAAAAACUUGUAGAUCCAAAAACUUUCACAUUACUUCGGUAUCAGAGUUACUGAAGACCAGUUUAUCAAAGUUUUACUGAACUCUGUUAAUGUAGAAUUAUAUUCUAAUUGUGAAAAAGACAUCAUGAUGUGUAACUGUGAGCUUGCUUUAGCUAUACUGUAUCUGUAGUGUACUCCAUCAUGAUACUCAAUAAUAACUUGUUAAUUGUCUCUUACUGGUAAUGAGAAGACAUCCAGAAGUUCUGUGUGUCGGUCAGUCUGAGUUGUGAACACGAUACAGGUAUUUCAAGAAUAAAUGGAGCUAGAGUCUCAGUCUUAGCUGCCAUUUUGCCUUGUAUGGACUUCUCAGCUGGGUUUAUCAUCAGUCAUGGUUGCAAGAGAUGUACUGUACUGUAUAUUUGUUGGAUCCUGUUUGUUAGUUACUAAAACACCAGGAAAUGUGAAUGUGAAUCAGCUUUUUAUAGGUUACAACAAAUAUAUAAUGUACUGUAUACAGGUAUACUUUAUAUUCUCUUGACGGUUAUUGAAAUUAUUGAUUUAAAUCCAAGCUAGAAUCAUAUUCCUCAGCACUGGUUGAUUGAAUGUCAUGAUGUAUUUUUAUGUUUGGUUAAUGUGCCUCUUAUAUAAAAUAAAUAAAUGGGUGUUUAGGGUUACCAUACAAGACUUAUAUUACGUCAUGUGUGUGUGUAUGCCUGUUAUAAACCAAGCCUAAAUACGUGAGACAUACAGUACAGUACAGAACUAAAAUAUGUACAGUACAGUACUGUAAUUGAUAAUUUAAUACAGAGCUUGUAACCAUAUACAGUAUUAUAAUAUGGUACUGUGGUGUACUAUGAUAUUUAUUGGGUAUGAGCAAGGUUCUCCAUGGCUUCAGAAUCAAGGUAGUUCUGACAACUUCCUUUAUAUGUUUGUUUCAUAUACAGUACUGUACUGUACUUGUUAUUUUGUCUUAAAUAAAAGUACAAUACA